ACUCGGGAUAACGCGUCCUCCUCCGGAGCCUCUUCUUCCACCGCCGCCGCAGCCGCCGCCGAGCCCCGCGGUGCUCCCGUCGCCGCCCGGCCGCUGGACAGCGCCCGCUCGCCCCGGUGAGGAAGCGGCCGCCGGGGACCCCGAUGUAAAGACGGAACCCACACAGCAAGCGACGCCCGGGUCGGAAGAGCGCCCCCCGCCGAGGCCAGCCUCCCAAGCAGCCUCCGCAGAGAGGUCCCAGCCGGCACGGAGCCCCCCGCCGCCGCCGCCGCCGCCGCCGCCGCCGCCGCCGCCCGGUGCCGCCCGCCCCACCAGCCCCACCAUUCAGCGCGCAAGAUACCCGCCAGGUGAGAGUGGGAGUCGGGUGUCUGUCCGAGCCCCAUGAAAUGUGGGAAAGCUCUUCGGAAAGAGAUAUGCCCUGUGUGCAAGCGCAGUAUAGCCCUUCACCGCCCGGUUCGAAUUAUGCAGCUCAGACCUACGCGUAUGGCUCGGAGUACAGCUCGGAGAUCAUGAACCCUGACUAUGCCAAGCUGACCAUGGACCUGAGCAGUACCGAGAUCACUGCCACCGCCACCACCUCCCUUCCCAGCUUCAGCACCUUCAUGGAGGGUUACUCCGGCAGCUACGAGCUCAAGCCUUCCUGCCUCUACCAAAUGCAAUCCGCCUCCUCCAGCCAGAGGCCCCUCAUCAAGAUGGAAGACGCCCGGCUUUCCACCUACCAGCCCUCGCUGCCGCCCUCCACGGACGAGGGGAUGCCCAGCACCUCCAUGUACUUCAAGCAGUCGCCGCCCUCCACGCCCACCACGCCGGGCUUCCCCCCGCACCAGAGCCUGUGGGACGAGCCCCCGCUGCAGCCCACCCAGACCUGCCUGCCUCCGGGACACCUGAUGGAGGCCGCCCCCAUGAAGACUGUGCCUCCGCGCUUCCCCCUCUUCCACUUCAAGCACUCCCCCCCGCACACGCCGGCGGCGGCCGCCCACAUGUGCUACGACCCGGCUUCCUUGAGCCUCCCCCUGGGCCCCGACAGGCCGGCGGCCGGCCAAGCCCCCAUGGAGAGCCACUCGUACGGCCUUCCCCUGGCCAAAAGACCAGCCACCUUAGCCUUCUCCCCGCUCGGCCUCAACGCGGCCACCUCCAGCCUGAUGGGGGAAGCCAGCGGCGGCGGCAGUGGCCUCCCCUCCCCGCCCAGCAGGAGUUCCUCGUCCGGGGAGGGCACGUGCGCCGUCUGCGGGGACAACGCCGCCUGCCAGCACUACGGCGUGCGGACGUGCGAGGGCUGCAAGGGCUUCUUCAAGAGAACAGUGCAGAAAAACGCAAAAUAUGUUUGUCUGGCAAAUAAAAACUGUCCAGUGGACAAGAGACGUCGUAACAGAUGUCAGUACUGCCGGUUUCAGAAGUGUCUCAGCGUCGGCAUGGUUAAAGAAGUUGUGCGCACGGACAGCCUGAAAGGGAGAAGAGGUCGGCUGCCUUCCAAACCAAAGAGCCCCUUGCAGCAAGAACCUUCUCAGCCCUCCCCGCCUUCUCCUCCCAUCAGCAUGAUGAACGCCCUCGUCCGAGCUUUAACCGACUCCACGCCCAGGGAGCUCGACUAUUCAAGAUACUGUUCCACUGAUCAGGCUGCUGCAGGCACAGAUGCAGAACAUGUACAACAGUUCUAUAAUCUUCUGACUGCCUCCAUUGACAUAUCUAGAGGCUGGGCAGAAAAAAUUCCAGGAUUUACUGACCUCCCAAAAGAAGAUCAGACAUUACUCAUAGAAUCAGCUUUUUUGGAGCUGUUUGUACUAAGACUCUCCAUCAGGUCUGAUACUGCUGAGGAUAAGUUUGUAUUCUGCAAUGGACUUGUGCUUCAUAGACUUCAGUGCCUUCGUGGAUUUGGGGAGUGGCUCGACUCAAUUAAAGACUUUUCCUUAAACUUAAAGAGCCUUAACCUUGAUAUCCCAGCCUUAGCAAGUUUAUCAGCUCUAACUAUGAUUACAGAACGACAUGGCUUAAAAGAACCAAAGAAAGUGGAAGAGCUAUGCAACAAGAUCACAAGCAGUUUGAAAGAUCACUUAACUUUCAGUUGCCAAAACAAAGGACAGCCGCUCGAGUCCGCAGAGCCUAAGGUACUGGGUGUUCUUGCUGACUUGCGCUCUCUCUGCACACUGGGACUGCAGCGCAUCUUUUACCUGAAACUGGAAGAUUUGGUGCCAGCCCCUUCCAUUAUCGACAGGCUGUUUCUGGACACCCUACCCUUCUGAGUCCAACCACCCUCCUGAAAGGCAAAUGCCCACCAGAGCAGGCAAAUGGAUCGUGACUUACAGCUAACAUUUCUGCCCUCACUUAACAGAAAAGCAGCUCCAGCUCUAAAAUGAGGUCUUUUCUAGCGCUUUGACCUUACAACCUGAGGCCUAAAACUUACUGGCUUACUGUUUGGGGGUUGUGUUCUUUUUUUUUUUCUUUUUUUUUUUUCUUUUUUUUUUCUGUAGUUGUUGAUGUUGGUUUUUUUUUUGUGUGUGUGAUUUGGUUUUUUUAAAUGGCUGAUAUGGCACUUUUGGACAAUGCUAUCCCAGCAGCAGUAAAAGGUUAACAUGACUGUUUCAAACCUGUUGUUUAACACCUCAUGGGACGUGAGGAAUAAAAUGGUAGAAGCUGUGUGUUUGAAAACAAGAACAGCAAAUAGUUGUUUGCCAGGGUAGUAUGUGUUUUGUGACGAUACCUUUAGCAUACUUCCUGCAUCAAGGGCACAUACAUCAGCACAAUCGAAACAAAAAAUUCACUUUUUUAGCAAAGUACAUUCAAUUGAACAUUUCAUAUAAAUCCAAUAUAGCAAAAUGACAAUGGCUGUUAGCUCCCAUGUUCAAGUGCAAUUUUUUAAAGUGCUGUCUUACUAAGUCUUGUUUAUUAACUAAUUUAUUUUAAUAUGAAAAUAAAUGGAAGAAACCAAGCGGGAAAAUUACGUGCACUAACUUACCAUGACAGAGUUUUCCAAACUUGAUUCCAUGUAGCGUGACUUACUGACAAAUGUCUGUGGAAGACACGGGAACGACUGCAGCUCAGUUGUUCCCUAGACAAGGACAUCCGAGUAAGUAGUGGCUGGAGCAUACAGGGUCAGCAUCAGGGAUAGUUCACUUUUAGACUUUAACGUUUGUAACCGGUUAGUAAACAGACGCACGAUGGUUUUAAAGAACAAGCAAGUCUUGUAAAAUAGUAUGAAUGUAAGUGCUAGGAAGGAUAUAGUGGGCUGCGUUUAAACAUUCCGUGUUCGUACUCCUUUUUGUAUGUUUAUACUGUUGAUGCCAUAUUAAUAUGAAAUAAUUUGUUGCAUAGUGUCUUUAUUUGUAUAAAUGUUUGUAUGCAUGGUAUAUUGUAUUGGCUUUGCCUGUAUUUAUUGCAAUGACUGCCAGCUCAUGGGAGCCCUGUUACACAGGAUAACAAAUUGGGGUGUUCACACUGACUCAGAUACACCAGUCGGAAAACUAUAUACAUAUAUAUAAUGUGUAUAUAUAUAUAUGUAUAUACCUAUAUUUGUGUGUGUGUGUGUGUGUGCGUGAGCGUGCGCGUCUUUUUAUUAACCAUUUGUAUAUAAAAUAUCUGUCAAAUCACAAGCAGAGUUAUUUUACAGUUUAUUUGCAGUGACUUCUAAGGCAGUACUGUUUAGCACUUUGAUAUUAAAAUCUUGCUCAUGUUUUGCUAAAUUCAAAUAAUAUUUAAAAACUUUAGUUCUAAAAAACUUUAUAUGCACUGUAUUAAGUCAAAAUUUUGUUGGUCAUUUUGCUAAGGAAAUUUUUGAAUGUCAACCUGAUGUCACUGUAUCUUUUGUUAGCUUUAAACAUUCUAGCUUUUGUCUUUUUUUAAACUAUGCUGUUUAUAUGGAAAUUAAAUUAUACAAUCAAACAGAUGCCAAAUGAAUUGCCUAAUUGCUGCAAAGGAUAACCCAGAUAUCGAGUCACUGUAUGGUUUUCAAAUAGUAAUCUGGUAUUUUAUCACUUACUAUGUUUGGAUGUGCUUUUAUGAAAAAAUUAUUCUUAUAUCAAGAUUUAUAGUAGUGUCAAUAGGGAAACAGACUUCUAAUCACUAUAGUUAAUAUUUCCGGUUUACCUGCAGAUAAUAUUUGGAAAAGUAUUGCUUUUUGUAUUGACUUUUAAGCUUAUGUGCAAACAUAAUAGCAUAAUUAAAUAUCAGAGAAGCUAAUGUUUCUUGUAGGUUGCUGUAACAAGCCUGACCAGCAAGACAAAUAUAUUUUGACUGAACUUGCUUUUGUAUAUACUAUAUAUAUAUACAUAUAUAUAUACACACUCACACACAUGUGCGCAUACAAAAACAUACAGACGAGAAUCCGAAAGUAUGUUUACUUCUGUCUCCUUGUGUAAGACACAAGGUCCUUUGAGAAAUCCUUCUACCUAGGGACAAAGCCUGCAAGGUGCUGAGCACCAGCUGAGGGCUCGCAAGCUCUUCCCUCGCGAGCGGGCCCUUCCGAUGCAUUUUCACGCCGAUCAGCAUAGUACAGUGAAACUGCUUUUUCGUUGAGCGAGGUUUAUUUAUUCAGUGGGAUGCGAGUGGAGGUAGCAGGUCCAGAGCCCCACGCGAGAUUUCAUGUAGCCGGUGUGCUUCAGUCUUCCAUAGAUAGUCUUAACUGUGAUGCUCUCCCAGAUCCCAUCAUCUAUGGAGCCGUCCUUCAUUUCAACUUCAGUGCACAGAUGCAUUGUAGAGUACAACCAGUGACAGGUCACGGUGGUAAAAGGAAGAAUUAAUGCAGAAUAAAUCUACUACUUUCCUUAGAGCUCUCUCAGUGUGAUCAUGCCUUUGUCUAGGCAGAAUUCAGGAAUAUAUCAGGUGUUAAGGGAGAGUGCCUUGCUUUUGUUUCAGACAACAGUGUUUCAAGAGUUUCUUCACUCCGCUAACUGCAGUACUUUCUCCUUUUUUCCUUUUUUUUUUUUUUUUACUUUUUGUGGUGUUAACCUGUGGGUUGAAAGAAAUGCUCUUGUACAUAUACAAUGUAAAUUAAAAUUAUUAAAUUGAAUAACAUUUUUUUCAGAGGCCCCAUGUGUGUUGAAUAAGUAUGCUUAAUUCUGUUAAAAUCUGAUGUGAAUUUUUUAUCAUUUAUAAAACAUUAAAAAAUUGUCGACUUGAGUCUUAAAAGUGGAAAAAUUGGUGAAGCAUGCUUAAGAACACUGGCAGUUUAAUGGCUAGUCCUUAGAUUAAAAGAGCUUUUAUAUGAAUACAA